AUGUUGCUGAAAGUCAAGUACCAAAGUACCAAGAAGUACAUACGGUUACAGCCAGGUUUCACAUACUUGGAGUUCAUCAGUGAAGUGAAAAACAAGUUUGGACUUCCUGAUGUUACUGAACUGCACAUUUUUGAUGAGACUGACACAGCGGUGGAGGAAGACAUCUUUCUUGAACUUAUAGAGGCCAAUCCUGACAUAUGCCUGACUGUAUGUGACAGUGCAGCAGGAGAUGCUCAUUCAACAUCAUCGUCCCUCACGGAUACCAUGUCUCUGUCCUCAAGUGACAGUGAUCUUCACAGAGAUUUGGGGAUCCCCGUUACUGGAAGUAGACUGAGCACUGGGGCCAAGAACAAGCCUACCACAGAAGUUUCAGAGUCAGAGGCUGCAAAAGAGAUGGUAGAAAAUGCAUUGCGCAUAAAAUCUGGAGGUGAGGAUGUCUUGGAGGAGUACAAGUCUGAGAAAUCACUGCAGCAUCGCACGCGCAGGCAGCUUGUUAACAUACUAGCUAGUCACAUGACUGAGAUGCAUGGGAGGAUUCCUUCACGUAAGCAGAAAGAGAAGUAUGCCUUGGGAAUCAUUACACUUUUUCCUUCGCUGAAGGAUCCUUUUUCUCCAAAAGGCUAUGAGCACUUCUAUGAUGGAGAAAAAGGCACAGGAUAUUUAGCAUGGCGCCUCAAAACCAUGUCCAGGAGUAGAGAUCGGAGGCCAGAGAAGGUAGCCACAUCUCCUCAAGCGCAAGGACCAAACCGCAGAAGAUCAACAGUGACAGUGCCUCAACAGCUUGAUGGAGAUGCCUGCAGGGAGGCUGUAUCGUUUCUUCUUCACUGUAAUGAUGAGACAGUCAUCUUUGAAAAGAUGAAGAUGACCUUUCAACAUCGGCAGAACCUCGUGCAUGAUCCACAGAGAACGACAGAUGUCCUCAAAACCUUCCCACGAUUUUUAGACAUCAAGGGACUACUAAACCAAGACUUCCAACUGUUGUUUGGGGCUGAAACCGCAUCUAAGCUCCUUGAGAAGUGGGAAAUAGCGUUUAAACCCAAGAUUAUUGAUGAGGCCCGACAUCUGACUCGAUCAGCUGAGGUGCACCAACUUCUGAAAGCUGCUGAGAAACUUGCAACAAAUGAUGAAACCAACUGGGACAGUGAUAUGGCUUCUCUGCUGCUCCUCCUUCAUUUGUUGCCACCCACUGCUGGUCGGAAGAGGACAAAAAUUAGUCCAUGUGAUGCUGUGGACAAAAUGGUGCACUUUCAUAAGUCAAACUGCAGCAUUGAUGAACACCUGCGGAAACGAGAGGGAAAGCAGCCAUACAUCCUUGCUGUGGGCCGCACCCAAAACAACAUCCAUCAGUUCUACAUUGUCGUGGACAAGCACCUUAUCCCCUGCCAAGCCACCAGCUCCUUGGGUGCUUUUGAUGAAUUGUUUAAAUCUCACUACGUUUUCAACCUGUCCUAUGAUGAGUCCCUGGUCCAGCUCUACACAUUUGUGCAAACAGCAAUCUACAGCAUUGAUGCUACAACAACAAGUGGCUCUCCAAGGGUUUGUGAACUUCGGACAAAGUUCUUCAACUAAGUUAGAAAAAU